AUGAGGCUGCUCGUAGUUCUGCUCACCGUACUGCUCACGGCACUGCUCAGUUAUGCUGCCAAGCAAUGCUCAAUCAAACCAUAUGAAGCUAAAGGCCAGAAACGUCCUGGAAAUCAUGGUUACGUCAUAGAACUUAGGCCUGUUAUUGACGAAAACAGUACCGCCGAUGGAUUCAUACCAGGAGAAACUUACAAAGUUACAAUUCGAGGAUGGAGAACGAAGUUCAUCGUUCGAACAUUUCGUGGCUUUGUUCUAAGUGCUCUCACUGAAGAUGGAAAACCAGGUGGAAAAUUUGAGGUAGUGCGUGGAAAAGGCGAUGCUCGUACGUCGCCCGGAUGUCGAAAAGCUGGUGUUUCCCAUUCAAAUCUUCGACCAAAGACAUCCAUCGAAGCGACGUGGAAAGCCCCAGAUGUAUCCAAAGGUUGCGUCAUCUUCCGUGCUUCUGUCAUCGAAUCGAAAUAUGUGUGGUACUCAGAGGAAGGACAACUCACAAGGAAGUUCUGCGUAGAAGAAGGCUACCAAAAAGUAGUACCAGUCGAUGAUCCGAAUAUGGAAUGCUGUGCAUGUGACCAAGCGAAAUACGAACUGGAGUUCAUUGGAAUAUGGAGCAAGGAAACACACCCCAAAGACUACCCGACAUUGGAACACCUGACACACUUCACAGACAUGCUUGGAGCGUCUCACUCGAAAAAUUACUCUUUGUGGAAAAUUGGUGGCAUUUCUACGGAUGGUAUGAAGGAAAUAGCCGAAUGGGGAAACACUUUCAAAGCAGAAGCUGAAGCUAAAGAGAAGGCAGCCGAAGUUCGAACGCUCAUGAAAGUGAAGGGCCUGUGGUAUCCAGAGGUUCAAGGAAGGACCAAGUCAAGCUUCGUCGUGAACAAAUACCAUCACUUGGCCUCAUUGGCAACCAUGUUCGGUCCGUCACCAGAUUGGUGUGUGGGCAUUUCGUCAGUGAAUCUCUGCCUUCCUGACUGUUCAUGGGUUGCUGAAAGGACUUUCGACCUGUUACCCUUUGAUGCUGGAACCGAUUCUGGGCCCACUUAUAUGUCACCGAACUCCCCGUUGGAACCUCGUGCUCCGAUCAAAUGGAUUACCACAAAGGAUGAUCCACUUUCACCAUUCUACUCAACUGAAACCGACACCAUUCCGCCACUGGCUAAGCUCAUCCUGAAACGAACAGAGGUGAGUUCCAUUUUAUGUCAAUCGGAUGAUGAAUACAGACGUGAAGCUUUCAAUAUCACGAACACCAGUGAAGAUGAAGAGUACAAAGACAGGCGAGAAUGUCUUAUGUCGAAUUGGGGAUCGUGGUCUUUGUGUUCGGCAACUUGUGGCAAAGGAAUUAGAAUGCGAAGCAGAGUAUUCGUCUUCCCUAUAAAGGCUCAAAUGUUCCAAUGCCAUCGCCAAACAACCGAACGACAGUUCUGUAACGCAAAAAUCAAUGAAUGUGAAGAUUCGGAAGCUUUCAACUCUAAAUGCGCUGUGGGAUCAUGGCAACCGUGGAGUGAAUGCUCAGUCACCUGUGGACAUGGUACGAGGAGCAGGACACGGUCGUUCCUAAACCCUAAGCAGAACGAAAGCGAAUGCAAUGUGGAUUUGAUAAGGAAGGAUCUUUGCGUGGGAGAAUCUGGCGACGACUGUUCCGUAACUCCCGAUCCACUUUGUCGGACGACAUCGUGGAGUGAAUGGUCGCCAUGUAGUGCCAGUUGCGAUGAUGGCGUACGUGUACGCACUCGACUAUUCUUCUAUGCAGAACAUGAACAACGCUGUUCACAUGUCUCCCUUCAAGAAAAGGACACCUGUAUCCUGCAGUCUUGCCGACGUUUCCUUGAGCAGAACUCUGAAGAAAUCUGUCAGGAGCCCAAAGAGGAAGGUCAAUGUGGAGGAACUUUCCCACGAUAUUGGUACAAUCAUGAGAAGAAGAGAUGUGAACGAUUCAUUUUCACAGGGUGUAAGGGAAACCGUAACCAGUUCGAUACUGAGGAUGAAUGCAAACGGGCAUGUUUCGAAGGAUAUGAGAAAUCUUCAGUACCUAAUCAUCAGCUUAUCGAUGAACUAGGAAUAGCAGAAGUCAAUGACGGUGGACAACCUGUACCUUGUGAAAUGAACGAAUGGACACCGUGGGGAGGCUGCUCGGUGACCUGUGGACGAGGAAAACGAACUCGAACAAGGCAAAUCAAAACAUUCCCACGUAAUGGUGGAACACCAUGUCCAGAACAUUUGAUUCAAGAGCUCAGAUGCGAACUUCGACCUUGUCCAUCAGCUCAAUGCCGAGUGGGUUCAUGGUCGCGAUGGUCACGUUGUUCGGUUAGCUGUGGUGAAGGUGUGCAAGUGCGAAGACGCCGUGUACAGAAAGGUCGAAAUGGUGAUUGGGAGGAAGCCGAAUGUAAAGAGAAGGAAGUCGAGGAACGAAUGUGUCGAUUACCGUGUCCACGAGCGUAA